AGCCAGACAGCAUAGGAAGGAAGGAACCAGGGUACAUCCUGGUUCAGAUUACAAUGUUACAUUAACCAAAAGUAGAUUUUUUUCCCUAAUUGCAUUGAGGUUAAAUGCCCAGUAGAGGGCAAACAUAUGCUCAUGCUUUGCAGUAUUGCAAAUGAUUUGCAUCAGAGGCGGUGCAACCAAAUGAAGACGUUUGUGACAAACGCUUGUGUUCUUCUUAGUGGCGCAUAGUCAAGAGCUGAUGGAAUGAACUGAACAAGCUAGUUUGGGGGCAGCUGGUGGCCCAGUGGGCUAAGCCUCUGUAUCAGUGAUCAAAAGGUCACCAGUUCAAGCCCAACCUCAGCAUGUCCGUGGUUCCUUGAGCAAAGUGCAUAGCUCAGCUCUCUGUGUACCACAACAAGUGGCUUCCCUUCCCUGCUCUCAUGGAGGUCAGGAUGGGGAAAGUGUGUGAUUGCAGGGUGGAUUUUAACUCUGAGUUGAGAAUGUGGAUUCCCCUACAUCAACUAAUAUUUGCUAGCCCCUCCAAGUGGUGAAAGUAAGGAAAGCAUUGUACCCAAAACCUCUAAUUAGCAUUUGGGGUCAUUGGAGCUCCAUUGUAAUGGGAUGCAGAAAUGUCCCUUUGAGAGGACACGUAUUCUGAUGUGUCCUAUUCACAUAAUACUGUCAAUUUCAUUAUCACCGCAAAUGGAUAUAUGUGUAUAGCUAUUGAUGCAUAGCAAAGACCAACAAGCAUCGAGAAAUGCUUCUAAGUGCUUGUAUCUUGGAAUGGUCCUUCUCCUCUCUCACUCUUGGAAUCUUGCCUGCAGAUCUCUUACCUAUUGGAGAUUUGCUAAUAGGAGUAGGUAAUUCCUUCAUUUCAGUUCGAUUGCGAAUGCGUAAAUGUUCUGCAGAAAAAUAAAUAAGGGAAAUUUAUUAAAUGACUACUGGGCGGUAACAGGAAACGCUCAUUAGUUUGGUAUUAGUGUUAUGACAUGUUGCUUAUGCUGCUAAAGAUAUACACUCUGCUUUAAAUGAAUGGAUUAUGUAAAAUGCAGUACCUUCAGAAGAUGGACGUAAUUUUAAUCUUGUCGGUAGGCCUUGGCUGUUCUGACAAACAGCCACCACUUACCUAAGGAAGUCUAUCAUCCACUUGGCAUUCUCCGUGCAGCAGGGAGUUCCAGGACCUGCACUUUGUGCCUUCAGAGCCCAGAGCCACAUUCACAACGCAGCAGUACUGGGGCAGCUGAGGGGCGGCGUUACCUCACAGGCACGCUCCACAUCUCCAUAUCCCUCACAUUCCCCAAGGCGUUUCGAUUUUCCCAGAAGAAAGCUUCUUUAUCCCAUUAAGGGUGCUUGUUUCCCUUUCUGAGGCCGGUGGCUUAAGAGCUUUGGGAUGUCUGAGUUCAGAGCCUCCUAGAAGGGAGCAGGAGACGCACGUCCCCCGGCAGGAGACAUGGGUGCCCAAGGCUCCAACCUGGACGACGUUCUGGCCGAGGACAUGCACCACUGGUACAACAAGUUCAUGAGGGAGUCGCCCUCGGGACUGAUCACGCUCUUCGAGCUGAAAAGCAUGCUGGGAUUGCAGGGAAUUACACAGGAGGCCAGCAGCUAUGUGGACCAAGUCUUCCUCACCUUCGACAUGAAUGGGGACGGCUAUAUCGACUUUGUGGAAUAUAUCGCAGCAGUGAGUUUACUGCUAAAAGGAGAAAUUAACCAGAAACUCAAGUGGUAUUUCAAACUCUUUGACCAAGACGGAAAUGGAAAAAUUGACAAGGAUGAAUUGGAGACAAUAUUUAAGGCCAUACAGGACAUUACCAGAAGUUAUGACUUUCCUCCGGAGGAAAUUGUAAACCUUAUUUAUGAGAAAAUUGAUGUGAAAGGAGAAGGUGAGCUUACACUGGAGGAGUUCAUCAGUGGGGCCAAAGGGCAUCCUGACAUCAUGGAAAUGCUCACCAAGAUGAUGGACUUGACCCACGUCCUGGAGAUCAUUGUGGAGGGGCGACAGGACUUGUGUCAAAAGGGGGUGCAGACUGCAUAGCGAGUUUUUAUAAUGGUCGGCUGAAGGGCAGACGGUUUUCAUUUUUACACAGAGAAGUAACUGAUAAUUAUAAAAAGGUAUAGAAGAAAAGCGUCAACAUUCCGCCUGCAGGAAAAAGUGAAACAAAGUGUCAGUCCGUCUCCUGGAAUCCUGUUCUCUAAAUUAUCACUAUUAUCUAAUUACAGCUAAAAGAAUUUCACAAAAGCAACACUAAGUAAAAUCAUGGAAGUAGUUCCCCAAGCAAUAGUUUCAGCUGUGAUGCCACAUAAACCACUGCAGUCUAGCGACAAGCAGACCUUUGAAGUGCACUGGAGAACACGGCACUUACACAAAGCCAUCAAGAGCUAGUUGUUGAUCUUCUAAUGCUGCAAGAGGCCAGACAGGGAGAUGGCAACAGAUCAGAGAAUCUGAACAGGGAGGAUCUGUCAAUCCGCAUUACUUUGGUUCAGGUAGAAUCCCAGCUGAACUGGGUUUUAACAUAACAAUUUUUUUCAUAGGAGUCUGCUGGUGUGGUUUUGCAUGGAAGAACAUCCUUAUUUCACCCUUUAAGAAAAAAAAGUACAAACAUUUAAAACCAUAGUUAGUAUAAAUUAAAUAUAAUAACUAUGAAGUUUGGGAUGAUAGUGUAGCUGAUCUCAUGUCUUCAUGUACAUCCAUUUAAGUUUCAGUUCCUUUUCCAUUUUAUUUUAUGCUAGUUAUACUUGAAUAUAACAGAAAUGGAUGUGCUUUCGCUCUGAGGCUCUUCCCAGUGUUUUUUUUUAUGUUGUGCUGUAGCUAGGAGGCUCUUCGACUGGUUGAUUUAAAUAACUGCAUUUUGUGUGAUGCCUUUGAAAACUCAAAAUAGAAAAACCUAAGUUCUAAUAAAAUAAAAUUUACAUGGAUGCCAAAUGCUUCUUUCUGCAUUGUUCAUUGUUCUCUGGUAUUUUCAGAUUUAUUUUUAUGUAAAAUCCAUGCGAAACAUCCC